GUCGUGUGUGAAAGUGGUGGCGAACUAUAUAAAUCCGCCGCGGCCUUCUCCAGCAUCAGAACAAGCCUUCCAAAGCCGAAGAGCAAGAUGAAAACCAUUCUUCUCACCCUCGCUCUCGCAUCAUGCGCAUUCGGCGACUUUCAAGAAGGCAAGGUCCAGGAAAAAAGGCACGUGGAUCCACAUGGAGGAUACGGUGAAGGGGACGAAGGCGGAUAUGUCUCAGGAGGAUUAAACGUAGUGCCAGCACCUCAACUUGUUGCCCAGCACGUCGAAGUGGAGAGAGUAGUACCUGUCGUCCACUACCACCAGGUACCAUUCAGCGUACCUCAUCCAGUCGCCGUACCCGUACACGUACCGGUCCACGUACCCCAGCCUUUGCCCGUUCACGUUCCGGUCCCCGUGCCCGUCUACAAGACCGUCGAGGUCCCCGUCGAAAAGCCAGUCCCGUACCCGGUUGAGAAGCCGGUCCCUGUCCACGUUUACAAAAAGGUCCCUGUACCAUUCCCCAAGCCGUACCCGGUACCCGUUCCAGUCUACAAGACCAAACACGUCUACCACGAAGUCUUCCACGGCAAGAGCCACGGAUGGUUGUAUACCUUCUUGUUGGUGGCCUUUGUCGCUGCUGAAGAAAAGACGGAUCUUGUAGAAGAGCAGAAAGUCGAAGACGACAAAGCACACGACAAGAGGAGUCUCGUGGGUGAAGUUGGAUAUGGUGGGUAUGGUGUACACGGAGGGUACGAAGGAUACGGAGGACAUUACGGGGGUUAUGGAUAUGGCCAUGGCGGUUAUGGAUAUGGACACGGCGUUGGACUAGUAGGAGUUGGCCUCGGCCUUGGAGGCUACGGUGGAGGAGUCCUUUCCCAGCACGUCGAAGUCGAGAAGCACGUGCCCGUCGUCAAGUACCACGGCGUACCGGUCAGCGUACCUCACCCCGUACCUGUACCCGUCCACGUUCCGGUCCAUGUACCUCACCCUGUGGCCGUCAAAGUUCCAGUCCCCGUCCCGGUUUACAAAACGGUGACCGUCCCUGUCGAGAAGCCGGUACCUUACCCGGUCGAGAAGCCUUACCCAGUCACCGUGUAUAAAAAGGUGCCGUACCCAGUACCAAAACCGUACCCAGUUCCUUUCCCAGUCUACAAGACUAAGCAUUACUACCGUGAGGUCCACCCAAAACACUACCACCACGGUGGCUGGUGAUCAAUUAAUUUGUUUUAUAUUCAAGUAGACUGUAUAUAUUAUAUUUAAACUUUUUUUAUAUUUUUGUAAUAAAACUGUUUUCAAUCUAUCA